AUGGGCGAUUGGAGCGCUCUUGGUCGUUUGUUGGAUAAAGUCCAGGCCUACUCCACUGCCGGGGGGAAGGUGUGGCUCUCUGUCCUCUUCAUCUUCAGAAUCCUGGUCCUGGGCACGGCAGUAGAAUCCGCCUGGGGAGAUGAGCAGUCUGCUUUCAAAUGUAACACCCAACAACCUGGUUGCGAGAACGUCUGCUAUGACAAAUCCUUCCCCAUCUCCCACGUCAGAUUCUGGGUCCUCCAGAUUAUCUUCGUGUCAACCCCGACCCUACUUUAUCUGGCUCAUGUCUUUUACCUGAACAGGAAGGAACAGAAAUUGAACAGGAAAGAGGAAGAGCUGAAAGUUGUACAGAAUGACGGAGGAGAUGUUGACCUCCCGCUGAAGAAAAUCGAAAUGAAAAAGCACAAGCACGGCAUUGAUGAGCAUGGCAAAGUAAAGAUGAAGGGGGCGCUGCUGAGAACCUACAUCGUCAGCAUUUUUUUCAAGUCCCUCUUUGAGGUGGGCUUUCUUGUGAUCCAGUGGUACAUAUACGGCUUCACCCUCUCGGCGAUCUACACUUGCGAGAGAGAUCCAUGCCCGCAUAGGGUGGACUGUUUCCUGUCACGUCCCACGGAAAAGACAGUCUUCAUUAUCUUCAUGCUAGUGGUUUCUCUGGUGUCCUUGGUUCUCAACAUCAUUGAGCUCUUCUAUGUGCUUUUCAAGAGGAUCAAAGAUCGUGUGAAGGACCAACAGCCACCCACAAUCUAUGCUAGUGGGGGCACUUUGAGCCCGACCCCCAAGGAUCUCUCCACGACCAAGUAUGCUUACUAUAACGGCUGCUCUGCCCCUACUGCCCCACUCUCACCCAUGUCCCCUCCAGGUUACAAAUUGGCCACAGGAGAGAGGGGUACAGGGUCUUGUCGUAAUUUUAACAAGCAGGCCCAUGAACAGAACUGGGCCAAUUAUUCCACGGAGCAGAACCGCCUUGGCCAGAUUGGAGGAGGAGGGAGCACUAUUUCAAACUCCCAUGCACAAGCCUUUGACUUCCCCGACGAUACCCACGAGCAUAAGAAAUUGCCCUUAUCAGCCGGACACGAAAUGCAGCCUCUGCCCUUGAUGGACGCUCGGCCCUGCAGCCGGGCCAGCAGUCGGAUGAGUAGCCGGGCCAGGCCAGAUGACCUGGACGUUUAAACCUGGCUGGCAGCCUGAGAAUCAGGAAACGAUCACUUAGGUUUAAACAGAAGCUGGGCCUAACCUCAGUUACUGUUUUUGUCGUAGAGACUCUUGGGCUACGUUGACACUGCCCAAUGUCCAUCGCCAGAAAUGUCCACUUUAUGAUUCAAGUUUCAACAACCAGAUACACAUGGGCAAAAAAAAAGAAAAAUCGGAAUUGAGCUCCAGUGUGAACGUAGCCCAAGUUUGUCAAGAGACAUUCAAACCUAAACCUGUAUGUAACACUGACAAAAGGUACAAGUUGCAAAUAGUUUUUGAGGACUUUCCAUUUACCUAUAGGGCCUAUCACCUAACCAAGCCUUAACAAAGCACACCCUUAGAAGUAGGGGAAAGGCAGAGGUGAUCCUGAGAUGCAGUCACUCAAGAACAGUUGAACACGGAGAUUUGUUUGAUUUUAUGUUCAAUAAACACUAUGUGAUCAUUUUAUAUAGUGUCAGCCAUGUUCCUACCAAGCAGGACAGUUCAGUUUGAUUCACUGCGGUAUGCUCUAGUAGAGGCGGCCAUUUUGUUAAUGAAGGUCUUUAGAAUUGUCCCUAAACGGGUCAAGUACCAACCGUUUUGGCACACUAACAUAGAAGUCUGCCAAAGAUGGGUGAUAUAUCAUUUCAGUUUUGAUGUCAUGUUAGUUAUUAAGUACAUAAGUAUAAGUACACAUUAAACAGCCUAAUAAACAAUUUCAGGAUACCAAGUUGGAUACAAGGUGGUUAUUUACUACCAAGCAUUUCAUGUACCGUAUUUUCCGCACUAUAAGGCGCACCUAAAAACCUCAAAUUUUCUCAAAAGCCGACAGUGCGCCUUAUAAUCAGGUGCGUCUUAUAUAUGGACCAAUAUUGAGCCACUACAGCAGGCGUGUCCAAAUAGAUGGAUUAAUACAUGGACAAAGUUUAAAAUGGACCAUUCAUUGAAGGUGCGCCUUAUAAUCCGGUGCGCAUUAUAGUGCGGAAAAUACGGUAGUUCUAAUUUAGGUAGUUACAAAUGUACCAACGGUUUUGCUUGGUGGACUCGCAUUUCUAAGAAUUCUAAGAUGACUAUUUUAUUACUGGAAAUUGACUAAGCCUCAAAAUGUUUUCCAAUUAUGAGAUAAAAAAUGAAAUGUGAACAUUUAAAAAAAAAAAAGAAGCCCAUUGAGCUGUGUCUUUCCAAUGACAAUUUUUUUAAUGUUAAC